AUGGGCACUAUCUCUCCAAUUUGUGUUCCAUUUAUACUAAAGGCAGGGAAAGCUUUGAAUUCAAGAAAGGCGGAGAUACACAUUCAAUUUAAGGAGGUUCUUGGGGAUAUAUUCCAAUGUCAAAAGCAAGGAAGAAAUGAGUUUAUCAUACGCUUGCAACCUUAUGAAGCGAUGUACAUGAAACUAACAGUGAAGCAGCCUGGUCUGGAGUUCUCAACGGUGCAAAGUGAACUGGAUUUUUCAUACAGGCAACACUAUCAAGGUGUUACGAUCUCAGAAGCUUAUGAACGUCUUAUUCUUGACACGUACGAUCCUUGCCUUUCCUGGAUAAGGGGUGAUCAACAGCAUUUUGUACGUAGAGACGAGUUAAAGAUACACCCAGUUAUGCUAGAUGUUGGUACUAACAAUCUAAAGCUAAUUGACAACCCACUUUAUUGUUAA